ACACAACACAUCAUUAUUUCCUUAUAAAUAAAUAUUUGUGUAUAAUAAUAAUAAUACAAUAAUAAAAAUAAUAAUAAUCAUAUAAAUAAAAAAAAAAUGAGAUUAAAUUAUAUAAUUUUUUUAGUUGUAGUUUUUUCAACAUUAACUAGUGGUCUCAAGAUCUUUGAAAACGGUUAUGGUGAAGAUAUAUACUCAAGCUCAACUUAUGGUGACUCUAUUGUUAAUAUCGUUACAAAUAAUUGUAAUGCUGGAAUGGAAAGUUGUAUCGAAACUCAAGUUAUUAAUGAUAAUGGUUUCUAUGCAUUCUCAAAUAACAAUUCAUUCAACUCAAAUGAUUAUAGAUAUAUAGAAUUCUCAAUGAAAAUCUCUUAUGAUAGCUCAGUAAUCACCAAAAAACCAACCAUCUAUGCUGCUGUCGAAACUGUUUCAAUUCCAACCCGUGUUUAUUUAAACGAUACAAUUUAUGUUAGUUUUUCAGAUGGCGAAAAAGCCAGCUAUGUAGAUCUUACUCAAUGGUCAUUUGUUAGAAUUAAAAUGACCGAUCUCAGUGUUCACGAAAAGACCUUCAACAACUUUAAACUUGCUUCAGAUACUAGAAAUGUUACCAUCUACUUUGGUCAAGCUUCUUUCUUUGGUGACUCAACAAGUUUAUACCCAAUUGGUACCAACAGUGGUUUUUCAUUAUCACCAAAAGUAUUCUUAUCAACAUUAUUACUUUUAGUAGCACUUUUCUUUUUUUAA